AUGGCGGAUGCUAUCAUUUCCGUUGUGCUGAAUCGUCUUGCAGCUCUCAUGCAAGAGCAGAUUCGAAGCCAUGUGAAUUUGGUGCGCGGUGUUGAAAAAGAGGUUGAGAGUCUUUCCGAGGAGUUGAACACGGUUAAAAAUGUGUUGGAAGAUGCAGAGAAGAAAGGGUGCAAGGACAAAAGCGUCAAAGAUUGGCUGACGAGGCUCGAAAACACGUCUUACGAAAUGGACGACGUGUUGGACGAGUGGAACUACUCCAUUCUCAAAUUUCAGAUCGAACAAUCUGAUGAUUUUGUUCCUCCUAAGAAAAAGGUAUGGUCCUUCAUCCCAACUUCGUGUAUGUGUUUCAAGAAUGUUUUUAUUCGCCAUGAUAUUGCCUUGAAAAUAAAAGAAGUCAAAGCACGACUCGAUUUAAUCUUGGCGGAGAAAGAUCGAUAUGGUUUUGUGAUCUCUCAACCUAUUGAUCAUUCUCAUGAAUCAUGGCGAGUUCAGUCUACGUCUUUGGUCGAUUUAGAGGAAAUCUGUGGUCGGGAAUUAGAGACAGAAAAUCUGGUGAGCAAACUUUUGGUUGAAGGUGGUAGUGGAAAAGAAUUAGGUAUCCACGUUGUCUCUGUAGUGGGUGCGGGUGGUCUUGGGAAGACAACUCUUGCUAAACUAGCUUAUAACGAUAUUCGAGUGAAAGUUUGUUUUGGAUUAAAAAUUUGGAUAUGUGUUUCAGACACUUUUGAUCAGGUUGGAAUUGCAAAUGAAAUUAUAGAGGGGACGGGAGGGAGUAAACCAAAGACAGAUCAAUUGGAAAUGGUACUACAAUGUCUAAAAGAGACUAUUUCAGGGAAAAAGUUUCUUCUUGUCCUUGAUGAUGUUUGGACUGAAGACGAUACCAAGUGGGAACCCCUAAAAAACGCUCUCAAAUGUGGUGGAGCGGGUAGUAAAAUUUUGGUGACAACUAGAAAUGAAAGGGUUGCAAUAAUGAUGGGUACCGUUAAGAAUGAGAUCCACUAUUUAGGAUAUCUCUCCCACGAAAAGUGUUGGUUAGUAUUAUGCCGGAUAGCCCUUUCUAGAAAGAAUAAGGAGGAAUGUGAAAAUUUCGAAAACAUAGGUAAGGAGAUAGCUAAGAAGUGCAAGGGAUUGCCACUUGCAGCAAAGACUUUGGGAAGUCUUUUGCGUUUUAAGAAUACCUUGGAAGAGUGGACAAAUAUAUUGGAUAGUGAAGUAUGGGAGUUGGAGAAAGUAAAACUCGAUCUGUUCUCCCACUUGCUUCUGAGUUACAAUGAAUUGUCCCCAGCACUUAAGCGGUGCUUCUCAUAUUGUGCUGUUUUUCCUAAAGAUACCAAAAUUAAUGUGGAGAGUCUAAUAACAAAAUGGAUGGCAAUGGGUUACUUAGGAUCCAAUGAGAAUAAUGUUGGUGAUUGGAAACUUAGAGGGAGGGAGUACUUUAAUAAGUUAGCGAUGUGUUCUCUGUUUCAAGAGUUUGAAAAAUGUCCUGGUCAUGAUUAUGAACAUAUAAAAUCAUUUAAGAUGCAUGACAUAAUACAUGAUUUUGCUCAAUUCCUCAGGAAGAAUGGUGGCGGAUUAAUGAAGAAAAUAAGUUGCCAAAGAUGUAGCCCUUUGUUAGUUUCCCACGUCAAAGAAUACCGUAGCUUAUUUCACUAUAAAAACUUUCGUAAUCCACAUCUUUGUGAUUGCCUCACAAGUGUGAGGUUGCUAAGCCUAAGGUAUUGUGGCUUGCACUUCAUUCCAAAAGAAAUAGAAAAGUUGAUUCACUUGAGGUGGUUGGACUUAGGUAGUAAUGAAUUUCCCGACGAGGAUCUUAAGAGUAUUUGUAAGCUUUAUAGCUUACAAUUUCUCUGGGUGGACCACUGUGAGGUACUAGAGAUUCCACACGAAAUUGGGAAUUUGAUUCACUUGAAGCACCUCGAUUUGAGUUGGAACAAACUUCAGAAGGAGUUGCCGGAGAGCCUAUGCGGUUUGAUUGAAUUAGAGAGCUUGAAUGUCUAUUCAUGCGGGUAUCUUAUCGGACUUCCCAAAGGGAUCCACAGGCUCAAAAACCUCAAACACCUCUAUAAUGAUGUUACUCGUUCUGUAAGGGAAAUUCCUCAAGGACUUGCCCAGUUAACCAACCUUGUCACAGUGAGUCGAUUAUAUUGCGAAGGAAGAGAUGGGAGCAAGUUGGGAUGGUUGAAGAAUUUAAACCGACUCAGCGGGUCUCUAAAAUUGAGGAUAGAAAUAAGUAGUGGUGAUCCAGAAGAAGAGGCGGUGGUGGUGGAGGAUGCUCGUGAAGCGGAGUUAAGGAAAAAAAUGCACAUUCAAGAACUCCAAAUAUCUUUUUGUGGAUCUAUUCGUGAAGGGAGAGAUCAGUCGGUGUGGAUGGAUAUAAUAAAUGCUCUUGAGCCACACCCGAACCUGAAAAAUCUGUGUAUUUGGGACUAUAAGGGCUCUCGACUUCCUGGAUGGAUCGAGUCGCCCCUCAACCAACUAAGAUCUAUCUUCCUCGACGGAUGUGAAUACAUUUCGUCGCUGCCGGCUCUGGGUAAACUACCGUGUCUCGAGAGUUUUGUGAUGCAGAGCAAUUGUCGAUUGCAAUUUAUUGGACGGGAAUUCCUGGGAAUAGAAACCAGAGGGGAUCAGAAUGUUGAAGCUUCUUCAACGGAGACUGUGAGCAUUAAUACUAUCGGGUUUCCCAAGUUGCAGGAACUCGCAAUUUGCGACUGUUCCGAAUGGAAGGAGUGGGAGGACAUCACGCGAGAAAUUUUUUUUGUUGCCAUCACGUUAAUGCCUUGCCUGACGAAGUUGGCUAUCAGAAACUGCGAUGGCUUGACGGAUCGGAGCUGCCACAUCGUCUCCUGCGGAAAGUGA